UCUUAGCAGUGAGCCUUUGUAUCUUUAUAUUUCAAAAUGCCAUCCAGAGAAAAUGGUCUUUCUGGCUCUGCUCCUCACCCCGGGGGCCAGGCUAAUGAUGCUAGUACGACAUUCUCCCCCAUCGCGAUAUGUGGAAUGGCCCUUCGACUCCCUGGUGGACUGGGGAGUCCGCAAGACCUCUGGGACUUCUUGAUAGCCAAAGGCGAUGCGCGGUCCCGGGUCCCUGAGUCACGAUACAAUGUAUCGGCCUUCCACUCCCCAUCCAAGCGACCAGGCACGGUGGUGACUGAGUACGGCUAUUUUCUCGACGAGAGCAUCAAGCUCGGUGCGCUGGAUGCGUCCCGCUUCUCACUCAGUCGGGCUGAACUGGAGGCCGCCGAUCCACAGCAGCGCCAGAUGCUAGAAGUAGUAAGAGAGUGUUUCGACGACGCGGGGGAAGUCAACUUCCGUGCCCAGCCCAUUGGCUGCUACAUGGGGUGUUACGGGGAGGACUGGCUGGAAUUGCAAAACAAAGACCCCCAGCAAAAUGGCAUGAACCGGGUGGAUGGAUAUAGUGACUUCAUGCUGUCGAAUCGGGUCUCAUAUGAAAUGGACCUGCGCGGGCCCAGUAUAACCAUCCGCACCGCGUGCUCGUCUGCGCUAGUAGGGCUAAAUGAAGCGUGUCUAGCCCUCCAACGAGGUGACUGCGACGCCGCUGUCGUUGGGGGUUCGAGCUUGAUCUUUGCGCCAGCCGCGACGGCGUUCAUGACCGAGAAGGGAGUUCUGUCGCCCGACGGGUCCUGCAAGACCUUCUCGGCGGAUGCAAACGGCUACGCGAGAGGCGAGGCCAUCACCGCCGUAUUCGUCAAGCCUCUGGCCGCAGCCCUUCGCGACGGGAAUCCCAUCCGGGCGGUGAUCCGGUCCGUCAUGUCCAACAGCGACGGGAAAACACCGGGCAUCGCCCACCCCAGCACCGACAGCCAGGAGGCUCUGAUCCGGAAAGCAUACCGGGCUGCUGGAAUUACGAACAUGGCCGAGACAGCCUUCGUCGAGUGCCAUGGCACGGGCACCCCAACAGGCGACCCGGUCGAAACGCUGGCCGUUGCGCGGGUCUUUGGGGAUGCAGGCGUGUAUAUUGGAUCAGUCAAGCCAAACCUAGGCCAUUCCGAGGGCGCGUCCGGGCUGACAUCCCUGAUCAAGGGUGUCCUCGCUCUGGAGAAUCGCAUCAUUCCCCCCAAUAUCAAAUUCACUGCCCCCAACCCGAAGAUCCCAUUCGAGGCCUGCAAAUUGACGGUGCCCCUUGAUCCAACGCCGUGGCCGGAAUCGCGAUGGGAGCGAGUCAGCAUCAACUCGUUUGGCGUGGGAGGAUCCAACGCGCAUCUCAUCCUCGACUCUGCUCGCAGCUUUCAGAUCCCCAGCCCGACGCCGGAUGAUUUCCUUGCCGGCCCCCAGCUGCUGCUUCUCUCCGCCAGCGUGGCUGGAUCGCUGCAGCGGAUGACCGAGACCUUCGAGAACUGGGUCCCGCAACACCAGGACCAGCUGUGCAAUCUGGCCUACACCCUAGCUACCCGCCGAGAGCAUCUCCCGCAUCGAUCCUUUCUGAUUGGCGGUCCGGACCGAAUCGUCACCCCAUCGCCCGGCCGGAAGGUGCCCACCUCCGCGCCCAGCCUCGCCAUGGUCUUCACCGGUCAAGGCGCACAAUGGGCACGCAUGGGACGGGACCUCCUCCUGCGCUCCGACUUCUCGUUCCAGAACACCAUCCGGGCGCUGGACAAAUACCUGAAAGCAGCCCCGAACGGUCCCAAGUGGCGAUUGGAGGAAGAGCUCCUCAAGCCGGCCCUGACGUCCAGAGUCCAGACUGCCGAGCUCUCGCAGCCCCUUUGCACAGCCGUUCAAAUCGGCUUGGUGGAUCUCUUCGCCGCAGUCGGAGUCACCCCAGCGGCAGUGGUCGGCCACAGUAGCGGAGAGAUUGGAGCUGCCUAUGCCGCGGGAGCCUUGACGGCGCGGGAGGCCAUCAUCGCAGCCUGGCAGCGAGGCCUGGCCGCUGCAGGGCAAGCCCGCCCUGGCGCCAUGGCGGCCAUCGGGCUCGGGUGGGAGGAGGUCCAGAGCUUUCUCUCACCUCCCGCUGUUGUGGUCGCUUGUGAAAAUUCCCCCAAGAGCGUCACUCUCUCCGGAGACGCCCAGGAAGUGCAAGCCGCGGUUGCACGGAUCAAAAAGGAGCAUCCCACAGUCACGGCUCGGCUUCUCAAAGUUGAUAAGGCCUAUCAUUCCUACCACAUGCGCGAGGUCGGAACCAAAUACUCAACCACCAUCGGCCGCGACCUGGUAGGAAGGAGACCCGGAAAGCCGUUCUUCUCCAGCGUCACUGGCAAGCAGGAACAGGAUCUGCCCCUGGACGCGGCCUACUGGCAACGCAACCUGGAAUCCCCCGUGCUUUUCCGGGCCGCGGUCUCCGAGCUCUUGGAUCAUGUCGACAAUGUCGCCUUUCUGGAGAUCGGACCACAUGCCGCGCUCGCAGGGCCCGUGAGACAGAUCCUGACUGCUCGGGCAUCUUCAAACUCGGUUCCGUACCUCGCGGCGAUGAGCCGCGGUGAAGAUUGCGUGGAGUCGUUCCUGACAGCGCUCGGAAAGCUCUUCCAGCUGAACUUUCCGAUCAGCCUGAAUGCCCUCUAUCCCUCGGGAUCUUGCUUGCCCGGACUGCCUCGGUACCCCUGGGACCAUGGAGUGGACUACUGGCGCGAGUCCCGCAUCUCCCGUGAUUGGAGAUUCCGCCAGUUUGCCAGCCAUCCGCUUCUCGGCGAUCGUCAGUUGCUCGGCACUGAUCUGGAGCCGAGCUGGAGAAACAUGAUGCGGGUUGAGGACUCUGGCUGGCUGCGAGAUCACAAAGUUGAGGUGGAUAUCAUUCUGCCGUGUGCGGGCUAUCUGUCAAUGGUCGGAGAGGCGAUCCGACAGAUCAGCGGAUCACAUGGGAGCUACACCUUGCGAGGCGUGGUGAUCAGUUCGGCCCUAGUGCUGCGCGAGGGAACACCCACCGAGGUGGUGACGACCUUCCAUCCCCAUCGGUUGACUGAUUCGCUAGAUAGCCAAUGGUGGGAAUUCACCAUCGCCUCGUACAACGGCCAGACGUGGACCAAGCACUGCACUGGCCAGGCCUCGGGGAUGGCGGCGGAGGAAGAGCAGACGCGGACGGCCGCUCUCAGGGAUGCCCUGCCGCGGAAGUUACAAUCCAAGAAGUACUACGACCUCAUGGACCGCGCAGGCUUGAACUUCGGACCGAUGUUCAAGCGCCUGAUCAAUAUUGAAACGGGCACGGGGGAGAGAUUGGCGAGAGCAAAGGUGACCACGAACCAAGCGGGAGACGAAACGUACUAUCACCUCCAUCCCACUAUCAUCGACGCCUGCAUUCAGGCGGCUCCUCUUGCUGGCCUCCUGGGCACUGUAGACGCCAAGGCAUACCGGCGAGUGCCCACCAAGAUCGACCGUGUGAUAGUCCGGCAAGCCCCCACCAGGGUAGAUGACCUGGAGGUGUCGGCCUCAGCCACGUGUGUCAAAGGCACCGGGGAAGUUAUUGGGCAGGUCCAGCAAUGCAUCGCUGAUGGUACCAUUGUCAUGCACAUGGGAGGCUUGAAGCUUUCGCCUCUCGAAGAGGCCGGCGAGGCAGGAAAGACCGACGGCCUUGAAACCACCGCCCGCCUGACAUGGGGACCGCAUAUCGACUUCUUGGACGCCACCACGCUGAUCAAGCCGUCCUUUCCUAGGCAUCUGUACACGCCGGCUUUGGACGAGCUGGCUCGGUUAGGUAUGAUCUACGGCAGUCGGCGCAUCAAAGAUGCUAGCACGCCGGUGGCGCAUAUGCCCCUGUAUCGCGACUGGAUGAACCGCCAGGUGGAAGCAAUGCGGCUUGAAGAAAAAUGGUCCACCUUCCUUGCCCUUGAGGAUGAGGCCCUUGUGGAGAGGAUCGAACGACUGGUGCAACACCUGUCCGAGACGCCCGUCGUCGACUGCGCCAUCGGCCUCCAGAAAGUAGCCACCAACAUCGCGGCGCUCUUCACCGGCGAAACAGAGGCCCUCGAUAUCCUUCUCGCGGAUGACACCUUAUAUAAGCUCUAUGUUGUCACCGACGCGUGUGACCGGUCCCAAUUCAUCCAACACCUAGCCCAUACUAAACCCAACCUGCGAAUCCUGGAGAUCGGAGCCGGCACCGGCGCGACGACGGCGAGCAUCCUGAAGCUGCUACGCCUGCCCAGCUCGACUGGCUCCAGCUCCACACCCUCCCUUUUCUCCAAGUACACGUACACGGAUAUCUCCUCGGGCUUCUUUGUGACGGCCAAGGAGCGGUUCAGUGGGGAGAGCAACAUUGAGUAUCGCACCCUGGACAUCAGCAAAGACCCGUCCGAGCAGGGAUUCGACGGGGAGAAGUACGAUCUGAUCCUCGCGACCAACGUUCUGCAUGCAACGAACUACCUCGGUGAAACCCUCCGAAAUGUUCACAAGCUCCUCGACCCGAACGGGCGACUGCUCCUUCACGAGCUGAACUCCCCCUCAAAGUGGCCCAACUUCAUCUUCGGCACACUGGCGGGCUGGUGGUACGGUGGGCCGGAUGGAAGACCGGACGAGCCUUGCGUAUCCCCGGCUCGUUGGGAGUUGGAGCUGAAAGGCGCCGGUUUCGCCGGCUUGGAUGCGGUGGUGCUUGACGGCGAGCAGCCGCAUCAGCUGAACGCCAUCAUGGUGGCCAAGCCACAGGUCGAUGAUGGUACAGACCAGAAGAGAACUGUCAGUCUGCUCUGUGACCCCAGUGAUGACAGUUAUGCGGACUCCUUGUCGCGCCGGCUUAACAACCGAGGCUACGAGGUGCAGACAUUCCGGCUCGGGGACGAACUGCCCCAGUCCCAGGACAUCAUCUCCCUCCUCGACUGCACUCGCCCAUUCUUCGAAGACAUCGAUGCGGCUCGUUUCGCAGCCUUCCAGCACCUUCUGAAUACCGUUGGGGAAUCGGGUCUGCUGUGGAUCACGCAUCUCUCUCAAGUCCAAUGCCCCGACCCCCGGUUUGCCCAGGUCAUCGGCGCCGCACGCUCCAUUCGCUCAGAGAUGCUGGUUGACUUUGCGACGUGUGAAGUAGAUGACAUUCUUUCAUCUCUGGACAAGAUUAUCGAAAUCUAUGCCAAAUUUCAUACCCGAUCGAAGGACGAAUUGUUGAAUCCGGAUUAUGAGUAUACCAUCGUGGGUGGGACCGUCUCUGUGGGACGGAUCUUCCCCUUCUCGCUCAAGGAUGACCUCGCUGUUGUGACCGAGCCAGACGACUGGGUCACUCUCGACAUGGAGAAGCCCAGCCGCCUUAGCUCCCUGCACUGGAAGGCUUCGAAAGGAAGACCCCUGGCUGGGGACGAAGUCGAGGUGGAGAUCUACGCAGCCGGCCUGAACUUCAAGGAUGUCUUGGGCGCAUUGGCUGUGGUUCCGUUUCCCGACAAUGGCCUGGGUGUCGAAGCCAGCGGAAUCGUUCGCCAUGUGGGCCCCGACGUCAAGCGGCUGUGUCCCGGAGACCGGGUCAUGCUGCGCGAAGAUGGCACUUUCGCGACCCAUGCCAUUGCCUCCGAGAAGCUCUGUGCGAAGAUCCCCUCGGACCUUUCCUUUGAAGACGCAGCAACCAUGCCGGUCGUGUUUGCUACCGCCCUCUACUCGAUGUUCGAUCUGGGCGGAUUGCAGGAAGGACAGUCAAUCCUGAUCCACAGUGCAUGCGGUGGCGUGGGAAUCGCCGCCAUCCAGCUGGCCCGCAUGGCAGGUGCCACCAUUUAUGCCACGGUAGGGAGUGAGGAGAAGGUACAAUACCUGAUAGAAACAUAUGGAUUGCCGAGAAAUCGCAUCUUCAACUCCCAUGACUCAAGCUUUGUGGAAGGCGUGAUGCGCGAAACCCAAGGCCAAGGAGUCGACCUGGCUCUGAACUCCCUCUCCGGCGAGCUGUUGCACGCGACCUGGCUAUGCCUUGCUGAGUUCGGGAAGAUGGUGGACAUCGGCAAGCGUGACAUGCUUGGGGCUGCUCGGCUCGACAUGGGCCGCUUCCUGGGCAGCCGCACGUAUUCCUGCUUUUACUUGGACCUGCUGCGAGACAAGCGGCCAUCGGAGUGCAAACGACUUCUCGAACUGAUCAUGACGUACUUCCGAGCCGGUCAUAUCACACCAAUCAGGCCCAUUACGACAUUCGAUGCCUCAGCUAUAGAGGAUGCGUUCCGACACAUGCAACAAGGAACCCAUCUCGGCAAAUUGGUCAUCCUCUUGCGAAACGCGGAUGGCAGCCCCAAGAUCGACCCGACAUUAGUGAAAGCUUCCACGAGCCUCGACUUGGACAGCACCGCAUCCUACCUCAUGAUCGGUGGCCUCGGUGGUCUCGGACGCGCCGUUUCGCGGCGUCUCGUGGAGCACAAGGCCCGCCGUCUAGUUUUUCUUUCCCGGAGCGCGGGCCAGGGUCCGAACGAUAACGACUUCGUCCGAGAGCUUGAGAGCAUGGGAUGCGACGUUCGCCUCGUCCAGGGCAGUGUCACCAACGAAGCUGAUGUCAAACGAGCCAUCCAGCAAGCACCCAACCUGAAAGGCGUACUCCAACUGUCCAUGGUCCUCCGAGACCAAGCGUUCCCCCAUAUGACGCUGGCCGAAUGGAACACCGCGGUUGCCCCCAAGAUUCAAGGAACAUGGCACCUCCACAAUGCCACCCAGGCCGCUGGGAUCACCCUCGACUUCUUCGUGCUCUUCUCGUCCACGUCCGGUGUGCUGGGUCUGCCCGGCCAGGCCAACUACGCCGGGGCAAAUACUUUCCUGGACGCCUUCGUCCAGUACCGGACCAGACUGGGGCUGGCCGCCUCCGCGGUCGAUAUCGGCGCGGUCCAGGACAUCGGCUACGUGGCGGAGGACGACGCCCUGCUCCAGCGCCUGAAGCAGACGGGUGCGCACCAUCUUACCGAGUCCGAGCUUCUUGAGGCCGUACUGGCCACGAUGUCUUCCUCCGUGAACCCCAACGCGGCCAAUAAUGUCAACAACGGCCUAGUAUUCGUAGACAAGAAUAAUUUUAUCCUUGGUCUCCGCACAUCCGUCCCCCUCAGCAGUCCCGAGAGUCGCGUGUUCUGGCGAAAGGAUCGCCGUAUGGCGCUAUACCAUAAUUCCGUCGCGAAGACCAACGUACACGAUGUCAGUUCCGACGGUGAUACUCUGCAGGCCUUCCUCGCCCGGACAAAAUCUGACCCGUAUAUAUUGAGGUCCGGGGAAAGCGCUAGUCUGCUAGCAAGAGAGAUCGGGAAUAAGCUGUUCAACUUCUUGCUCAAGACGGGCGAGGACUUGAAUACUUCGCUGCCGCUGUCGCAGCUGGGCAUGGACUCAUUGGUAGGUGUGGAGAUGCGCAGCUGGUGGAGACAAGCGUUCGGCUUUGACAUUACCGUAUUGGAGAUGAUGGGGAUGGGGAAUUUGGAGGGGUUGGGGAAACAUGCGGCGGAGGGGCUCGCAAAGUUGCUGGGUAUUGAGUGA